GACGUAAAUGCUUGCGGAAGCACGGAGUGGAAUGUUGAUACAUUGUUGUUGUUUUGUAGUUAAUUUAGUAAGGGGAUACAUUUCGGUUCGACUGCUGGACGCCUUACCGAAUUGCGACAAGUAACUUCAACCGGUAUAGGACGGCAACUUCACAAGCUUUACGCAUUCCGGACGGAGAAUAUUCCGCGUUCAUAAGUGUGACAUCUGUGGGAUUCUGACCAGUUUAUGCAUGCAGGGUAUGACGACUCAGUUUAAAGCAAACAAGGCUUUAAAGGUUAAGAAGGAGGUGGGUGAGAAUGCCCCGACCCUCAGUGAUGACGAGCUGGUGGCCAUGUCGGUGCGCGAGCUCAACACACACCUGCGCGGGCUGACCAAGGAGGACUUGGUGCGACUGAAGCAGCGGCGGAGGACCCUGAAGAACCGCGGCUACGCCGCCAGCUGCCGCAUCAAGCGGGUCACCCAGAAGGAGGAGCUGGAGAGGCAGAAGCAGGAGCUCCAGCACGAGGUAGACAAGCUGGCCCGGGAGAACGCCAGCAUGAGGCUGGAGCUGGACGCCCUGCGCACAAAGUAUGAGGCCCUGCAGUGCUUCGCCCGGACUGUCACCCGCUCGCCCCUCUCCCCAGGCAAGGUGGCCACCACCAGCGUCAUCACCAUCAUCAAGUCUACCAACAACCGCAACUCCAGCCCAACCUCCUUCUCAGCCCCUUCCUAGUGCUGACAGGACUGGGCUCUCAUCUCCCCGUCCCGCCUGGUCCUUACCGGUUCCGACCCGAUCCAGCCUGAAACCAAUGGCACCCGACCCAUGCUGAGAGGAAGCUCAGUAAUUAGGCUGAGGGAAGUCUAGUGGCCACAUGCUCUGUGUGAUGAUAACAUGAUGCUGCAUUCAUUCACUACUCUCUCUCUCUUUCUCUCACAUACUGUACAUAAUCUACAUUGUCUGUACUGUGCUACAACCUCCCCAGCACCGGCAGGGCAUUGGGCCUCUCUGACCCUCCCUCCUUGACUGACGGCAGAGAUUAGCUCAGACUACAGUGUGUACUACAGUACUUGGUAUUAUACCCCGCGAUGGCAGCACUGGUCUGAGACAGCUCUGAUGCCUGUGGUAUCUUGCAUUUAUAAAGUAAUAUAUUAUUGUAAUAAUUACCAUAUUAAUACAUUAUGAAUAUUUAAAAUAACAAAACAAAACGCUGAUCUAAGCCUAAAAGCCUUCUUUCUUCUGUAUAUGAAAGCAUAUACAUUGAAGAUUUUGCCUUAAACUGAUCUAGGAAUGAUCUCUGUAAUAUUCAAUUUUCUUGUCACACUCUCAUACAAUAUGUUCAAUAUUUUAAGAUUUUAUAUUUCCAAUUUCAAGGGCAGCUUGAAAACCAUUAAAAAACGAUAUAUAUUUGAUAACUGACCAAGCAUGUUUACCUGGAUGAACCAGGCCCUUUUGACAUUGGAAAACUUUUAUCUGGUUUAGACUGUAGAUUAGACUUGCAGGUAUAUAGCAUUAUAGCAUAGCCUACAUAAAAUAAUACAAACAUAUUAAUGGGUUCUCCUCCUUACAGCGGUGAGGAACUAAAUCUACAGUACAUGUAAACAACAAAUCAGGCUACGUCAGACAAUGGACAGAUCAUUGAAUGGCACUUACUAUGAAACUGUUAGAUCACGAUGUAAAAGUACCAAAAUCACUUGCUUUGCAAAUGUAUAAAAUCACACAGCUGCAAAAAUAAAUCUAAAAUCACAGGACACCUGAAGCAUCAUUUUGGGAAAUACCGCAGUCCAUUCUGGUAUUACUUUAGCAAUGGGAGAUUGAAUGACUCUGAUCAUAGUUUGUGGUCUAUCCCAAAAUUGCUAAAGUUGCAGCCAGUUUAUAACUAUUGCCAAGGGUGGCAUAUUUAUUUUAUGUUAUGAAGACAAGCACUUACCUAUGAUCUUUUGCCUCUGAACUUUCCUCUCCACGCAAUGCCCUAUUUCAUGGUAGGUAAUCCAUAUUGGAUGUAGUGAUGAUGGGAGCUGUCUUGACAAAUGAAAUGCAAUUAAAUGAAUUCCUGUAUAUUACAGACUUAAGCUAGAGCCUCUAUUUUAGUUUCAAUGCAAGAUAAGGAAAAUUGAAGCUCUCAACUGCCUCCUGUCACUUUACAUUGAGAACUCCGUCGUCUUAGAAAUCAUUCCUACUGUUGGGUCAUCUGAAAGUGCUGCUGCCGGUGUUGGUAACUCUGAAACGGUAUACAUUGAACAUAAAUGCUUUUGACACAGACUCUUGGGUAAGAGAAAUCCCGGCAUAAAACUCUAGGAAUGGUGUUAUGACCAAAUCCAAUGAUACAUUAGCUUAAAAUGUUACCCAACAUAAACAAGCACAGGUUUAGUAUGCUUUUUGAAGGUUAUGAGUUUCAGUUCUAGAUAAUGAUCUAGAAUCUAUAGUUUUUGCAUUUCAGCACUUAUCAAAGAGUCAUGAGUGAAGUCUAGAGUUGGCUAUUGUCAAGGUUUUCUCUUACCCCAGUGGACAUUACUUUUCCUCGUCUCCUGUUUCUUAGUUGUAAAGAGCACUAAGGGGGACUUUGCUGCUGCGUGGCCCUCUGCUAUUUCAGGCAGGGCCAUUGCUGUGCUCUUAUCAUUCUCAUUUUGUGUUUUCAUUUGGUUUAUAUGUUGUUACACCUUAAUUCCCACAUUUUCUUCCUGAUAUUUAGUUGUUUUUAUAUAUACAUGUGUGUAUUUUUCUACAAUUGUGGCUUUAUUAUAGGGAUAUUAAAUACCUGAGAGUGG